UAUUCUCACUCCUGGAGAGAACUCAGACAGACGGACCGUACCAGUGGGACUGGAGUGUAUUGCCAGCGAGCUCCAGUGCUCCAUCUGCUUGGAGCUCUACACCGAUGCAGUCACUCUUCGCUGCGGUCACAAAUACUGCCGGCAAUGCAUUACCCAGCACCAGCGAUACCCACCACGGGGCGCCAACCACCAGUGCCCCCAGUGUUGUCGGCCAUUCAACUGUGACAGCAUCAUCACGGAUUACACGAUUAACAACAUGGUGCAAAAGAUUCAGCAGGUAAUGGACCGAGAUGUUGAUGAAGCCAAACAGCUCGUGGCCUUUGAACCGUCUGGAUCAAUCGUCAUUAACGAGGACAUCCUGAGAAGUUGCUUCUUGGCAGAGGAUGUGAAGGAUCGUCCACUCUGUCUGAUUUCCAUCAUCGGUGAAGAGAGAAAAGGAAAAUCCUUUUUACUCAACUAUCUGUUACGGAGGCUGUAUAACCUGGAACGGAAAGACCAACAGUGGUUAGGAGCAGAGGAUGAAGAUCUCAAAGGAUUCGAAUGGAAACCUGGGGCGAACAGUACGACCAAAGGGGUUUUUAUCUGGAGCAAACCCUUCCUGAUGGAGACAGGGAGAGGAAAGGUGGCGAUCUUUGUGGUGGAUUCCGAGGGUUGUAACACUGUCGGACAAGACACAGCCUUCAUUGUCCAACUAUCAGCACUCAGCAUGUUACUCAGUUCAUACUUGAUUUUUAACAUUUCUACCAAGCUGAAGCAGACAGACCUGGAUUACCUAGAGAAACUUCUCGAUCUGGCCCAACAAACCGGAGAAGCUAUCGACCUGGAUCCCAUUCAG